UAGAACAGCUUAGUCCUAGAGCCUCGAAUGAUGUGUGUGUAUGGUACCACCUACUACUUCUGUACUGUAUGUAUAGUCGUUCUGUACACCCUACUACCUCAUCCAUGUAUGUCCCUAGGAAAACAGACUCCAGUGAAAGAGAGAGAGUGUGUGUGUGUGAAAGUGUGUGUCAUUAUGGUCAUAGUUUACAUCUCGCAUUCCUAGAUUGACUAGUCUCAUGAUAAUCACUAAUUCUGAUCUCCAAUUCCGACGGUUAUCGAUACGCUAGUGGAAUACACACAUGCAUUCUAUCGACUAAUCACCCUACCGUGCUUAGCGCCGCACUUUCAGCGG